AAAAAAUGUCAUGUCUGUGUAUGAGCGCGCCUGCGGGCAUCGACAGAUUCCUAGUUAGGAAUGUUUCUAGGGUUCUACCAUUUGACUUAAGAUGGGCCAUACCAUUCCAAGAGAGAAAGACGUUGAAUUUGACCUUGAAAGUGGUGGGAACACUAGCGAAGAGGAUGUAGGAAACGAUCUUUAUCUUGGUGAGAUAGAAUCAAAGGGUGCUUUUGAUCGGGCAUGGAAUGGGGUUUUGAAUUUUGAUGGGUUAGAUAAGACUAAAAAUGGGAUUCAGUCGUGUAGUUAUUCAUCAAAAUCUGGUGUUGCUGCAGUUAAGGAUGAAAAAAAAUUAGAAUUGUUUGUGGAAAAGGGUUUUGUUCAAAAACAAUUGUUACAUGUAAAUGUUAAUCAAGCAAAACAAAAGACUAAGCCCUAUAACCCCAGAAAGCCUCCAAAGCCACCCCUACCUCCUAGAGGUCCUUUACUGGAUGCUGGUGAUCAGGAGUUUGUGAAGGAACUUGCUGAGCUUGCAUUGAGGAAGCGCGCAAGGGUUAAGAAAAUGAAAGCAGUGAGAAAGAUGAAAGCAAGCAAGUCAUCUUCAUCAUCAACAUAUACCAAUCUUUCUGCCAUGGUCAUCACUAUUUUCUUCUUCCUUGUCAUAAUACUCCAUGGAAUCAGAUCUGUAAGUAGUACUGCUGUUGGGGUAAUGGAUUCCUCUGAGGCAACAUCUGCAGCAGAUGAAGGUUUGAUUUCAAUUCAGUAUCCUACGAACUUCAUCACAAAUGAAGGAGAUGCUCCUGGCUCUCGCUAUCCAUCUUUACAGGAAAUGUGAUGUGGAAAUUGAGGGUUCUUUCGUUUUCAAUGUGAGUUUAGGCUUUUCUUUACUACUGUGGAUUAUGUAUGUGUCAUUUUGUUGUACAGCCAUUAGGAAUCUUAGCCAUUUGUCAAGUUUGCUUGUACAGUGACUUCAUUGGUAAUGUUAAUAAAAAAGACUUCACUUCAGUGAUUCUUUUGUC